GUGGUCUGUGGUUCGGCAAGAAGGUCCGUAUUGUGGACUCCCAGCUUGAUGUUCGUGAUGCAGCUUCAGGUAGGAAUGGAGGUGGUUUGUACGCAGCUGCCGGCCUCGAAUUUGCGAACGGCAGGCUUCUUUUUGAGAACUGCAGGGCCAAGAUGGCGGGAGGCGGUGUGUUCUCUGGCAGUGACAUCGUUUUGAUCGGCAAGGCAUUGACUCUCCGGCGGUGCAUCACCACUGGUGCAGGUGGCGGUAUAUAUGUGGCAGCUGGCAGCCUCACGAGGUCAGGGCCAAGCCAGGUCGAGGAUUGCUAUGCAAGGGGAGGAGGCGACAUCGCCUUCGUUCAAGGCAACAUCACGUUAGCGGAAACCGUCAUCACUGGCUCCAGCCGGUCGCUGCAUGCGAAUGGUCACGUGCACAUUGACACCCUCAACUGUGCACGUGCGUCCUCCGCAUGCUAUGUGACGGGGCAUGCCAACUUGGUGGUGGCAAGAGCAGCCACAUGCCCGCGUGGCGCCGGAUUCUACAAACUGGGAAUCAGAGAGGGCU